UCCACCAACACGUAUAGCAGAUCUUCCUACAAUUUUCUACGGUGCUCUACGUAAUGUUCUACAUCUGGCCGUCGAAGCCAUUUCAAUGGUGCCAAAUGCACAAUAUUUUCUACUCACUUCCAUCUACGAGCUUGAAUCCCACACCAUUGACACUCUAAAGCAAACAAUUCCUAUCCCCAUAUACUCCAUCGGUCCAGCAAUACCUUACUUCAAACUAGGAGACAAUGAGAAUCUCUCUAACAAUUUCUACAUGCAAUGGCUAGAUUCUCAACCCAAAGCCUCGGUCUUGUACAUAUCACAAGGUAGUUUCCUUUCUGUUUCGGCAGCCCAAAUGGAUGAAAUCAUUGCUGGGGUGCAUGACCACGGCAUUAGGAUAUUUUGGGUGGCGCGUGAUGAAGCUUCUCAGAUUAAAGAGGCUGGAUGUGGCGACAACAGGUUGGUGGUGUCGUGGUGUGACCAAUUGAAUGUGUUGUGCCAUCCUUCGGUAGGCGGGUUUUGGUCACACUGCGGGUGGAAUUCCAUCAAGGAAGGUAUUUUUGCUGGCCUUCUGUUUCUUACUUAUCCAAUGUUUUUGGACCAAGUACCAAAUUCCAAGACCGUUGUGGAGGAUUGGAAGAUUGGGUGGAAGGUGAGGAGAGGAAUGGGUGAUGAAAUGCAUUUGGUAACGAGAGAAGAAAUUGCUAGACUUGUUCAGAGGUUUAUGGAUUCAGAGACUGAUGAAGGGAAAGAAAUGAGGAGAAGAGCCGCAGAACUCAAGGAGACUUGCCGGCAAGCCACUUCGGUAGGUGGGUCUGCCGAAACUAACAUUGAUGCUUUCAUUAAGGACAUUUCACAAUCCCAUGAUCAUUAGAUUAAAUUAUGUAUUUUGUUCUCAUUGAUUAGAUUGUUGUUUGAAGAUUGUCAUAGUGUUUGCAAUAAAUUUCAUGAGAAGUGCAAGUUCAAACUGAGAUUAAACUGUUGACCAAAUGUUAUUUAAAUCUGGCAAAUAGGCUAAGUGUUUUACAACAUUUUGAUUAGUGUAUGAUGUUUUAUUCUAAGUGUAAUUCAAGGAUCACAAAACUUUCAUGAUUAUUUUCAUGAAAGGUUUUUCAUGAUACCUAACAUUGUUGUUGAUUGAUAUGCCAUAAACAUAAUUCAUGAUGAGAUCCUGGAAAUUUCGCCUUAAUAGCACUUGAAAUUACUU